AUGGAUCUGUACAGUCGCGUCGAAGCCGACCAAUCAGUAGGUGGGCUCACUGAAAAGAUAUUUGGACGUGUACUGUCGUCAAUGGUAGAAUUGGGUAAAUACAAAGAGGCACGAGCACUCUUUGAACAAAAGUAUGAAGAAGGCUUGGUGAGGACGAUUGCUUCAUUUGAACAUUUCCUGCCAUCGUUGGUGAUUAUUAAGAGGACAAGAGAUUUUGAUCACUAUUGGGGUAUAUUGGAUCGGUUAGAGAUUAUGCCUACCAGUAGUUUGUUGGUGGGUGUUAUCAGAAGUUAUGGCACGUUAAAGGCAGCGGGUGACGCUCACCAAUUCUUUUCGCGUGUCGAGCAGCGAUACGAUGCCGAUGUAGUGUAUGACCUGUCGGUCAUCAAAUCAUACCUCGAUAUUCUCAUAAAGUCAACAACGCAGUUUGCACCGGUCAAGAGUGCAUUGUCAGACCUUGAAAUGCGUGGUAAACUCACGUUUGACGUCAUGAUGCACGUUACCAAACGUUUUCAAAACAUGUCACGUGAAAGCGAGAGAUUUACCAGUAGCAUGCACGAUAUGGUGUGGAGACUACCCAACAUUCUUCACGCCGAGAUUGAACAACACAAAGCUCUCAAGGAGCAACAACGGUCCGAACAAAAGGAAGAUUAUCUCCCCCUGCUCCCAUUGGUGCGUCACUUUGAAUCGCUUGUCGAGAUGUCGAUCGAAGCCAACAACACCAAACUCAUUCAAAAUGCUAUUCAACUCAUUAAAAAGGCAAAGAUCAGACCUACAUCGCGCAGCUACUCUAAAUUGUUCCGGUUCCUACUAGUCAGAAACGAUCCAGAGACUAUCAAGACAAUCAUCAAGAACAGUCAAGAGUGGAAAGAGAGAAUCAAUAUUGCAGAUCUCAUUGUCUUUUAUGAAUCCUAUCCCAACAUGUUGACAGGACCCAUCUUUGAAAAGGAUUAUAGUAGAUGUAUGGAUCUACUAUGGAGUGCCAGUGGCGACGAACCAAAAGAGUUACGAAUCAACCAAAUCAUCGAGGUAUUCUUGCUCAUGGACAACCUUGCCAAAGCACUCGAAUGGGCCGACCGAUUCGACAAGGAGGGAUCCAAGAGAACAGCCGCAUUCUAUCUACCCUUCCUCAGUUAUUACACUCAAGUUGGUAAUAUUGAAAAGUACCAAGAGAAUCUCCAAGCCAUUGUAAAUGAAAAGAUUAGGCUAUCUUCAGAAUCCAUUCAAAAAUAUAAUAGUUAUUUUAAGCAUAAUAAUUUUGCUUAUUUACUUGAUACUAAAAAUAAUAAAUCAAAUAAAUAA